CUCUCUCCUUUCCUCCCUCCCUCCAGGCCCGGCGGCCCGGCGCCGCAGCUGGCUUAUUGUGGAGGCUCGCCGCGCGCCGCUGCCACUGGACCGGUGGCGGCGCCGCCGCCGGUGCCGCAGAGCCCAACGCGAGAGCUGGGGGGCGUGCUUGGCCGCGGCUCGACCCCCUGCUCCGCUCUGGCCGGCGCCUUCCGCAUCGCACGCCGCCCCUCCCCCACGUGCCGCGGCGGCGCGCGCCCGUGUCCCCGCGUGCACGGGCGGCGGGCGGGCGCUCGGGCGUGUGCGAGGCGUGAGGUGGAGAUGGGGGCGGAGGGAGCCGGAGCUGUCACAGGCCCCGGGUCCGCCUGACGGAGCCAAGUGGGGUGUCAUGGCCGCGGGGGGCAGCGGCUGCACUUCCUCUGCGGGCGGCGGCGGCGGCAGCGGCCGGGGAGUUAAUCCUCGACGCUCGGGUCCCGUUUCCCUCUGUGCGGCGGCCGGCGGGACCAUAAGGGCUUAACUCAUAUAUUUAACCCCCCUCCAAAAAGGUUUCGUUGGAAGGAAUUAUGCAAAUCCUGCUUUCUGGUGUCCAUUCAGCGGCAAUUUCAUGCGGGUUUGAAAGUAUUCUUGAAGGGCUGUUUGGACCUGCAUUAUUAAAAGAUCUCAGUUUAUUUAAAGACUGUGAACCUGAAAGCAUUUCUGAUUGGACUUUUGAUGAAAAUUGUCUGUUCUGUUGCUUGAGAAGAGAUAAAGUAAAGGGACACUUAGUCGGUCUGGAUGAACCAGCUUCGGGAGCUGGGCAAGAAGCUCUGCUUAAACGAGAGCAAGCAAAACUCAUUCGAUUCGAGAGACAAGCAGAAGAGUUCCUCAAUGCAGUCUUUUGUAGAAAAGACAGUCCCUGGGUCUCCGACCCCAAUAUUCCCCUAGUGGCCCGUGAGAUCAUGCAGCGAAUGAUCCAACAAUUUGCUGCUGAAUAUACCUCAAAAAAUAGCUCUACUCAGGACCCCAGCCAGCCCAAUAGCACAAAGAACCAAAGCCUGCUGAAAGCAUCUCCAGUCACCACCUCUCCCACGGCUGCAACUACUCAGAACCCUGUGCUCAGCAAACUUCUCAUGGCUGACCAAGACUCACCUCUGGACCUUACUGUCAGAAAGUCUCAGUCAGAACCUAGCGAACAAGACGGUGUACUUGAUCUGUCCACUAAGAAAAGUCCAUGUGCUGGCAGCACUUCCCUGAGCCACUCUCCAGGUUGCUCCAGUACUCAAGGGAACGGUGAGAACUCAGCAGAGGCAAUAGCAGUAGAUUCUAACAAUCAGUCGAAGUCCCCACUGGAGAAGUUUAUGGUCAAACUGUGCACUCAUCAUCAGAAGCAGUUCAUUCGUGUUCUGAACGAUCUGUACACUGAAUCUCAGCCAGGCACCGAGGACCUGCCACCUUCGGAUUCUGGAACAAUGGAUGCCUCCACCUGCAAUGCUGGCUGUGCCCAGCUUGGCACCAAACAUAAGGAAAAGGAUGCUAUGUGUCUCAAUAUGAAGUCUUCUACUUCUGUAGAGUUGUUCGUAGACUCAUCAGGCUCUCACAGCCCUCAACACUUGACAGAACAGGCCCUAAAGGAGCCUCCUCCCGAGACAAACUCUGUAGAUGGAAGAGAGAAUACUUUGACUGUUGUCCAAAAAGAUUCCUCUGAACUUCCAACCACUAAACCUAAUUCAAUGGAUAGUUCCACUCUGGGAUACCUCACUGCAUCUAAUUCUUCCUCAGUAAACUUCCACCACAUCUCUAAGAGCUUGGAGGGGCAAACCACUGGACAGGAGCAAGACACAGAUGUGAAAAUAUGCAAGGAUGGUAAAGACCACGUGCAGAGUUCAGCUUUAGUAGAAAAUCUAAUUGCAGUAAAAGUGGCAACUGAGAAUAGUGAGGAGAGCAACAGCUGUAUUGUUUCUCAAAGAAAUUCAUUCAAAGCUUUAUCAGAAGAGGCUUGGGACUCAGGGUUUAUGGGGAAUUCACCUAGAACUGCUGACAAAGAGAAUGCUUUACAGUGUAGCUCAAAAACACCUUUACGCCAGGACUUAGAGGCAAGUGAACAAGAUUCAAGGCCAAAGCAAGAGAACCAUCUUCACUCAUUAGGAAGAAAUAAAAUGGGUUACCACUUACAGCCCAGUGAUAAGAGCCAGUUUGAUCAUUCCAAAGACGGUUGGUUAGCCCCCAGCCCCAUGCCACCUGUACACAAAGCAUCUAAUGGACAUUCACGAACCAAGAUGCUUUCAACCUCCAUUAAGACAGCUCGGAAAAGUAAAAGGGCAUCAGGGUUGAGGAUAAACGAUUAUGAUAACCAAUGUGAUGUCGUUUAUAUCAGCCAGCCAAUAACAGAAUGCCACUUUGAGAAUCAACGAUCGAUAUUAUCUUCUCGGAAAACAGCCAGGAAGAGUACUCGAGGAUACUUUUUCAAUGGUGAUUGUUGUGAGCUGCCAACUGUUCGCACACUGGCCAGGAAUUUACACUCCCAAGAAAAAGCAAGCUGCUCAACACUGGCCUCCGAGGCAGUGGUCACUCCCAAGCAGACCCUUAUCAUUUCAGCACCUCAGCCUACAAUAGAUGUGCAGCAUCCCAGAGAAGACAACCCUGAAGAACCUAGUAAAGAAAUAACCUCCCUCAAGGAAGGAGACAGAGAUGCAUCAUCUGAAAAGGAAUCUCAAGAGCCUGAGGUUUGCCCUGUGACAAAUAACGCAAACCCAAGCAGCUCCUCUAGAUCAAAGGAAACAGCAGCCUCCAGCCCAGUGUGGUCUCUCCCUGCUCACCUUCCUGAAGAGGAUCUUCCAGAAGGCAGCUCCGCGGUCUCAGCUCCCACAGGAAGUGGGAUAUCUUCCCCUGAACGAGAUCAACAGCCAGUUGAACUGCUAGAUACAAAGGAGAUGAGUGUACCCCAAGACUGUCCCCUGCUUCCCUCCACAGAGAGCCUUUCUGAGGGAGGCAGUGAAGAUGUUGUUCCUAGGCCUUGUUCCCCUCCUGAAACAGUAAGUAGAGAGGAAAGUCCUCUGUGCUCAGAAAAUCAAAGUCCCCCAGUGGGCUUGGAGCCUCCCACAAGCCUGGGAAAGGCUGAGGAAGACCAAAGCAUCGGUACUGAGGCUGAGACCGAAGACACUCAGGAGUUAGAUACUGACCCACUCUUGAAGGAAAGCAGCACUUUGACUAAUGAAAACCCCAGUGAAAUUGAGGAAAGGGAGGCACCAGGUGGUACAGGAAAAUUCGAGGGAGAGGAUGGUGAUGUAAAACAUCCUCCAGAAAAAGAUAUGUGUGGUCAAAACAUUGACUCACCUGAAGAGAAUCUGGACAAGAAGAAAAAAGGUAAAAAAUUCCCCGAGGCCUCUGAUAGGUGCCUAAGAAGUCAACUUUCAGAUUCUUCCUCUGCCGAUAGGUGCCUAAGAAAUCAAAGUUCAGAUUCUUCCUCUGCUUGUGCUGAGAUCAAGGUUUCUAAAAAUCCUGGUGCAAAACGUUCUAAAAAAGAAGGGUAUCCUGGUGGGACAGCACCUGAGAGCUUCCUGACUGAAGGUUUCCAUACAAAAGCUCUGGAGGACACUGAAAACCCAAAUGUCAAAGAAAACCCCUCUGAGAAAGAUGCUGAGCAGGAGGGCGAAGGAGGUGGGAUGAUCACCAGGCAGACUUUUAAAAACAUGCUAGCAAAAGAAGUCAAGGGGGAAGAAGAAGGUAUUUUCCCCAGCAGUGAUCCCUUAGCCACAGUUGGCCAGCCCCUGCCUGGAGAGAAACUGGAAAUCUAUGUUCAGUCUAAAUUAGGUGAGAACAGUACUCAAGACCCCUCUGAAAGCAUUCCUUGUACGUUCCCAGAACAAUCAAAAGAGAAGCCGGGACCUAUUCCUGCACAAGAGACGGAAGAGGUUGUAAAUAAUAUAGAUAGUGCAGACAGCCCGCAUAAAGAUGAUGAUAGUGACGUGCUAUCUAGCACAGUUGGAUUGUCAAGUAGUAGAAGUGAUGACGCUGCUGGGCCCCCAAAAUGGGUCCCAAGGCUUACAAGACUGACCUCCUCAACCUACAACCUAAGACAUGCUCAUGCUCUGGACUCCUUGGAUACUAUGAAAGUGACUUCCGAAAAGGAAGCAGCACAAGGAAACACAAUCCCAAAGGAAAAUGAAACUUCAGAGAGUGGAGAUCCCGUAGACGAGGAUGAGGUGGACACAAUGGUAGACGACCAGCCAAAGUUUGUAGAAUGGUGUGCUGAGGAGGAGAACCAAGAGCUCAUCGCCAACUUCAAUGCCCAGUACAUGAAAGUUCAGAAGGGCUGGAUCCAGCUGGAGAAAGAAGCCCAGCCAACACCAAGAGCAAGGAACAAGUCAGAUAAGCUGAAGGAAAUUUGGAAAAGCAAGAAAAGGUCACGGAAAUGUCGGGGUUCACUGGAGGUUCAAAAGUUUUCUCCUGUUCAGAUGCUGUUUAUGACAAACUUUAAAUUAUCUAAUGUUUGCAAGUGGUUCUUAGAGACAACUGAAACCCGGUCUCUGGUAAUUGUGAAGAAGCUCAAUACUCGUCUUCCAGGAGACAUCCCACCUGUCAAGCAUCCUCUUCAGAAGUACUCUCCUUCCAGCCUGUACCCCAGUUCACUACAGGCUGAACGCUUGAAAAAACACUUGAAGAAAUUUCCCGGAGCUACUCCUGCUAGGAACAAUUGGAAAACACAGAAGCUCUGGGCUAAAUUUCGAGAGGAUCCUGACCAAGUGGCGCCGGAGGAUGACAGUGACGUUAGCCUCAGCCCCAACCCUGAAGACAGCAUAGAGGAGGUCAAGGACGGUAGAAAUAGCCAUCCUCCCACAAACUCACCCACCCCUGCCAGUACCCGGAUCCUUAGAAAAUAUUCCAACAUUCGAGGAAAGCUCAGAGCCCAGCAGCGUUUGAUCAAGAACGAGAAAGCGGAAAGCCCAUUUGGUCCGGCUGUGGAAAGUAAACAGAGUUGUAAGAGUGUAUGCAUCAACCCUCUGAUGUCCCCCAAGCUUGCCCUGCAAGUAGGUGCAGAUGGGUUUCCUGUUAAGCCCAAGAGUACCGAUGGAAUGAAGGGAAGGAAAGGGAAGCAGAUGUCUGAAAUCUCGCCGAAAGCAGAAGUUCAGAAUAAACGCAAGAGGACAGAAGGCGGCAGCACUCAGGACAGGAAGGACAAGGGAGCUGCGAUGAAGGCCAGCAAAGAAAAGCACGUUGAUGGAUCCACCAGAGCCCCCGCUGCCAAGAAGCCAGCUGCAAGGGACAGAAUCAGCCAACUGCCCAAAAAGACGACUUUGAAAGAGAGGAAAGUGAAGAUCCCUAAAAAGUCACCUGGGAAGAGCUGCCCUCCCUCCAGGAAAGAAAAAGAGAAUACAAACAAAAGGCCUACCCAGCCCUCCCCCUCGGAGAUGGUGACAAAACCUGCAAAGCAAAAAGGGGCAGGUGAGUCCUCUUCAAGGCCACAGAAAGCCACAAAUAGGAAGCAGAGCAGUGGAAAGACUCGGGCCAGACCCUCGACGAAAACCCCAGAGAACAGUGCAGCCCAGAGAAAGCGAAAGCUGAAGGCAAAGCUGGACUCUUCCCACAGCAAACGGAGGCGGAUGGAUACAAAGUGAUUGGAAGGGCAGUAUUCAAGUGUUAAAACUGUUCUAUAGAAGUAACCCUUUAUUUUGCAUUAACUAAAUCUGCUUUUAUAAGCUUAUCAAGCCUUUCAAAUCUGCAGUUAAUGGAGAACACCACAAUUUAAGAUGUCAGAAAUUGCGUCUCAGAUGGAGAAGGGAACUUGCAGAGUCUUUCUCUGAGGCUGAGUAAGGGAAGUUAUAUAUUAUAUUCUGGUUGUUCCUUGGGUUUUAAACUUGGAACCAAGCAGUUUUAGUUUUUAAAAGUACAGUGCCUUAUUUAUCCUUUUUGUUUUUAAAUUUACAAAAGCUAAAAAGCUGAUCUAUGUGAUUAAAGGCUUGUAUUUUAUACUUGAUGCACAAGCACUUGUACUGUAGCCGAGAAGACCACCAUCAUGCACAUCAAAGUAGCUUUUCAGCAGCCACCCUGCAGUAUCUGUACGUGAACAGAUGCUCCUCUUUGCAAACCCCAGCAGUGAACUUCCCUCUGUCUUGUUUGUUUAAAUGGUAUUUGCAAGCUAAACCAAAUCAUUUUUAUGGUAUGUGGAGAAUGCAGAGGGAAUUUAUAAUUAUUAUAAAAGAUUAAUAUUUCUGUUACCCCAUUUUAAAAAUUCAUAUUCAUUGUUGGUCACUCAUCUCUGAUCUUUUGUCAUUUGAAGAAAUGUAUUCUAAAUUAUGUGCCCAUGGGACAAGAGGUGUGUCACAAGGUGUUAAUAUUGAUUUACGGGCUCUAAAAGUUAUUCACAUCCCCCAAAUUAUUUGCAUUACUGAUUCUUAUCAUCCUUUUCAUUUUUGGCCUUGCAGGAUUGCUAGCACACUAAUGAGGUUUUCAUCCUACUUUGGGGGAAAAAAAAACAAAACUAGGAUCUUUUUUCCAUCUUGUAGCCGUAAUUUGACAAUUAGGAUAAGAGUGACUGUUCUGAUUUUUUCCUUGCCCUGAGUACUUCCAUAGUCAAAGAAAGCCAAAAUGUUAUUUUCAGUAAUAGAAAAGUUUAAGACGUGUGUGUGUAUGUUUGGGUGCAUUUGCAUGUGGAUAUAAGCCACAAAUGUCUCCCAAUCCCAGUUUUACAGUAAAAUUCUUUCUUCUCCAUGCAGUGUGAUAGGGUGUUCAUGAGCUGAGUCAUUAGCAUAUGCCAGAUGACUUAAAUGUAGCCCAGGGUCUGUAUGAGUAUCCCCCAAAUCACUAUGGCAGCAGACUCAGAGAGGUGUAAACAACACAGAAUUGUAUAAAGGUCAGAGCAACCUUGCAGUUGGAGAAAGUAGCACCAACAUCUCAUGGUGUGCCCAUACACACCCCUGUACCAGGAGCUAAUGUUCAGCUGGUAUUCCAAUGUGAAAUGUACAUGGUUAGAGUAGUAGGUGCCCUUUCUGAUCGGUUAGCACCAUACUAGCAGUUAAUACUUGUAGUAUCACAGUGGCCUCUGUCAUGUCAGGCUCUGUUUCAUGGCUCAAAAGUGCGAGCUGCAAUAUUUGUAAUUGAUGUUGUUUGAGGUCUAAGAUGGGUACAUUGGCUUUACCUUGGUGCCUAUAACAUUGCUCCAUUAUAACAUAGUGUGUACUCGACAUCUCCAUUGGGCCACUCUACCAGUAAGACUUGGUUGCUAAAGCCUCAGCCAGCUUCUCUAACAUGCUCUCUCCCCAGAAUAGGCUUGUAUGGAUAGCUGCUACUCUCUCCUUUUUAUUAAAAAUGUUUCCAUUCAUAUUGCUUCAGAUCUGUUUGGAUUAACCCAGAGGUACCUUUAUUCAUGCAUUAGUUCAUUCAAAUCAUGAUAAAACAGGUUUUCUACCCAUUCUGUUAAAGUUUUGCUGUAUAUAAUGAAAACUUCUGAUUGGAUAGGACUGGAGAAAAGCAUUUGAUUCAUGGGAAACUGAAAAUUGUGUUGAAUUUUAUAGAUAGUGAAGUUUACUAUCUUCCAUGAAGCCUUGAUUUUUUUUCCUAGUGUCUCCUCUAUCCCAUGAGUCUUUUUUUUUUUUUUUUUCCUUUUUAGUAUCUUUGACUUUGGCCAUUCAGGAGCUACCUGUAUUAAUGAAACUGCUGAGUGUGUAUGUUGGCAACCUUUCUCAGCAUUAAGUUGCACAGAAGCAUUAACCUGUUUUAAGUAGGUUCAUUUAAUCUAUAAAAGUGGUUUUAAAGUUUUUAAAAAGUCUUUUCAUAUAGUCGUCACUGGAUAUUGUUUUUGCGGUGACUUAAACGGUGGCGGUUUGCCCGUGUCAGGUGUGCUGAUCCCUGUACAUAUGUUCAAGGUGCCCCCUUAGCUGCAUAUAGACCACUUUGGAAGGGUGCUUGCAUUAGGUUAGGGAUGUGAGGCUGUAAGUGGGUGGUACUUUUCCAGUUGCCGGUUGAUAAUUCAUUCCAUUACUUUUCUAAGUUCUUUUUCAUUUUUAAAAGCUUACUUCAAGAUAAUAGCCUUCUCUCCCAUUCUAGGCGGCAUUUGAGAUAAGGUAUCAAUGUUUAUGUAUUCAUUUUAUACACCUUACAAUGCAAUGGAUCAUCUUUAAAAUCAACUUACACUUUAUAGUAGACCACAUUUAAAUAGACUGGGAUUCUACACAAUUAAGACACUUAAAAGUUUAGAAUUAUUUUUAUAUUUGUUGAAUCUCAUUUUUGCUGAUUCAGUUAACUUUACUAAUAGAAGAAAGAAAAAAAAGCAAACUUGAGGGCCGACUCUGGAAGCCCUUUUACACUUACAACAGAUGCUGGCAAACCUGUCUCCCAGACACCUCCAAGCCUUGGUUUCAUCUCAAGUCUCCCCUUGUUUUCCCUCUCUUGCAAAGACCUCCUUCCUAUAGCCGUUGUCACAGUGUGGCUUGCCACUCGAUGCAAAGGCAGUCUGUCCCACCUUCUGGAUUCCAAAUGUGAAAGGAAUUCUCCUCCUGGGCCUGUACUCAGUGAAGUGACUGUUGGAGCUGAUGUUGAUGACCAGAGAACAUUGGUAUUUCCUCUGAGCUUCUGGAAGAGCUGGAAGACACCUGGGAAGCAAUCACUGAAGCUCUACCAUAGCUCCCCAGAGGUGGGCCCUCUUCAGGAGACCCAUUUCUAUCUCCCAUUUUCUAUCCCCUGAGGCUCCCUGGGUUUGGGAGGACAGCAUGGAGACUGUACCCUCAGUUGGGGUCCAGGGCCUCACCCCUAGCACUUCCUCAGACGUGUAGCAAUCUUGCAGCGCAGCAGGAAGGCCAUGAACCUUUGUUCUGCUUUUGAGGCUUCUUAUAUACAAAUGUUAUUAAUGUCUGUUAACCUGCAGUUGCUAGUCCCUUGGCUCCCUUAGGUAGGCCAAUUCUGCUGUGUCUGUACUUCAUUAAAGACUUCUACACAAGCCUUAUUUAAAAAACAAACUUAGGCUGUGGGUUUCAUACCUCAUUGUUCCUGCGUAGUAUAGAUAGGUGUUAGUCAUCCUUUCACAAAGGUGGUGCUUUUAAUAGGAUCCUCUAUGCAUCACAUACUGUGCAGGUGAAUUUCUCACUGUUCAGACAGGUCAUCAGUAAAACAUCACUUCAAGAUGGUCAUUUUGAAUUGAAGGUUGGACUCUUUUCUCCCUUGUGAUGAAUUCUGUAGUGAUGACUGAAGCUGUCACCAUUAUUUGUGGGCAGUUUGCCUGUUGAUCAAUGGACCUAAGAGCCAAGUAGGAAAGGGCAACAUGCUAUGUGAGGCAAGCUGGAGAUGCUGUAGUGUCACCCUCAGUGAGUCUGGCGUCUUGUCACUGCCCCCGGGACUGGGCUAGAGUUUCCCAAGGUGCUGGCCCAAGUUGCCACACCCACUUCUUUUGGUUUUAGGUCAGCCCAUGUAGGGUCUCAUUUGGCCGACAGAUGAUCUUUCACAGGUCUGCAAACUGUGGGCUGGUCAUUCUUCUGUAAAUAAAAGUUUUUUGGAACAUAGCCACUCCCAUUUGUUUAUGUAUUGUCUCUGGCUGCUUUCCAGCAGAGUUGGGCAUCUGCAACAGAGACCACAUGACCCACAAAAGCCUAAAAUAUUUACUACCUGGACCUUUAAGGAAAAGUUUGCUGACCCAUGCUUGAGAAAAGAAUCUUUUUUUCAGGAAAAAAAGCUUCCCUGGUUUAUCUUCUCCUUUCUUCUGCCUCUUCUCCUGUCUUCUUCUUUUCUUCUCCUUCCUCCUUAUCUUACCUCAAUUUUGUUCUUUUUACAUGUCUUUAUUUUUUCUUGCUACAAAAAAGACACAUUAUAUUGCCACAGCACAUCAGAUACCAUCUCCUGAAACUUGAGCUACCUUAGCGUCACAUCCUGUUAGAAUCACCCAUCACAGUGGCCAAAUCGAGGCCACCUUAACCUCUAGAGUCAGAAUCCAUGAGCAACUAGGAAUUCAGAGUUCUAACAUGAUGUGGCCUGGGCCUCUCCUUUCAUUCAGUUUUUAUCAUACACCUGACUCUGGCUUCACUUCUUGUUUAUUACUAAAGUAAGCCAAAUUUUGUUUCUUUCAAAAUUAGUUGAGACAACUUUAGGUGGAUGUUCAGUUUUCUGAACCUUACAUUUAGAUAUGGAAAAACCUUUUCACAGAGAGGAAACAAAGUCUAAUCAUAAACCCAAGGCAUUGUUUAUUAUGUAAUAUUUUUGGCCAGCUUCUAGGAAAAUAAAAAAUGUAUUGGCACUGAUACUUUUUUCAGUCACCUACUCUUCUUUCAAAAUAAUUUUAUUAAAGGCACGCCAAUAACUGAAAGAUAGAGGCUUGAAGUGCUUUAGAAAGACUAAUAGAAAAUUGGAGCCUAUUAUAACCUGAGUGUGACUGAGAAGUUAUGGAUGAUUAGAUUAAAUCCUGUCAACUGCCAAGGUUUUGUCUUCCCCUCCCCCAAAACUCAAGGAUCUGUUUCUCAGUCGCUCUAAAACAGUGACUGUUCCGUUUGUUUUGAAACAGAUAAUUAUCAUUUUGAAUUCUUAACUAUGAAUUUUUAUCUUCUUAUGGCUCGGUAUCCACUGAAAUAUUGGAAAAUUUUCUGAGUGUGAAAUCAUGUCUAUGUAAGGCAUCAGCAAAGCAAUCCUCACAUCCCAGCAGUAAAUACUCUACCCCAGGCUUGCUCCCAAGUCCUUUUCAGGGAGAAAGAGAAAAUAAAAAGAUGAUUGUAUUUAAUACAAGCAGAAUUAUGGGAAGCCUUUUGAGACAGCCUUCGAUAUAGUUCAUCCCUUGAAAUGUCAGAACAAACUGCUGUAUUCUACAGUGGACAGAUUGGAAGACAUCUUCCAAUGUUCCAGGGAACCACCUGAGUCACUUUGCAGGCGUCCUUGCUCAUGCUUCUGCCCUUGGAAUUGAGCCACAGCUGGCCAGUUCCUUGCAUUACCUUCCUUUUGAUCAUUUUCCCAGAGCCUUGGUGGUUUAUGUUAGUGCUCAGAGGGGCAGGUGUGCGGUCAUGCUCGCCAGUGAGCAAAGUGACACAGAGGCUUUCUCACCUGCCUGGGACCAUUCCAUUUAACAUGAGGUGCUCAGUAGGCAAGCCACAUGGAAGUAGAUUGCUUAUUAAAAAAAGAACCACUUGCCCAUGGUUUUAUAAUAUACCAGAGAUUGGAGGAAUGCAUUGUACCUUGUUUUUUUAAGGGUUAUGUUAAAAAAAAAAAAAAGAGUAAAGAGACCCCAUGUGGCCCACACAGCCUAAAAUAUAAGCUAUUUACUACCUGACCCUUUAAAGAAAAGGUUUACUGGCCCUUGCAAUAUGUCAUUCAAGAUCAAAUUGUGUGGCCAGUUAGGCACAAACUUAUUUCUUUAUGUAGUCCAGCAUUGCAACAUUUCUUUCCUUUUAGAUUUCACGGUUUCUGCCUGUUCGAUCUUAGCACACAGCUGCUGUUCCACAUUAUUCCUGACUAAUGCUCGUGUAUUAAAGAAAAAAAUAUAUCUCCCUUUGUGGAUUGAGUAUUUGUUGAAUCUUGGACAUUCAAUGUGAUCUACUAGGAUAACUAGUUAAAGCUACAAGUACAAAGUCUUUUAAACUAAAAGUACUACAGUUGUCUUCAUGUUUAUGAGUCAGGGUGAACUUGACUCUCAUGGAGAGAUAUUCCCCUACAGCAGUGCUCAACACAAACGGAUUUCCUCAUGAACUUAAAGCCUAGAAUAGUGCCUCUCCUGGCAGGCAGAGAGCAUGUUAGUUUCACCCCCCAGAAACUAUACAGUAUAUUCAUGUACAGUAUAUUUGCAAGUUUAUCACUCCCCAAGCUUCGGUCAUAACUUGUGAAUAUAAAUGGCUGGUCUUUUUACCUGUCUGAACCUCUAAUCCAGAUCACCCAUCCUCAGCUCUCUUAAAAAUACCAGCAUGUCGAUGGCACCUUGUCAGCCCACCAGCAGCUUUAGACCGAAGUUCAGAGCUCUCUGGCCUGGCCAGUGAAGCCCGCUCCUGGUCAGGCCUAACUCACCUCAUUUUGAGGACCCACCUUUGGCACCUUGCCUCUUCCCUCUUCUGCUUAUGCCCCAAGCCCCCUUCCAGGAGGCUUCUUCUCUGGGAAGUCUCCUACUUCUCAAGUGCUUCACUGAACAUAUAUAUGUUGUAUUAGAAGCAUUUCUUUUCAUAACUAUUUUUCUUCUCGUAGUUAGCCAUUGGGUCCAAAUGCUAGUCACCUUACCAACUUCCUCACUCAAAUCGUUUUCUAUAAUCUACACUUCAUGUCGUCUUGUAGCUAAAUCUGUAGAAUUUGGGAGCUAGUUUGUGGAAGAGAUGCUAUACAAACAAGAUUUUCAUAAUUUUGUAUAUUUAUACCACAGGUAGGGAUUAGUUUUAGAGCCACUAUAGCUUAAGGUUAUAAGUUUCACCAGUGAUUUCUGCAUUCUUAAUAGUUCUAGGAGACUAUGUGACUAUGAUUUCAAAUACAUAUAUAUAAUACAUAUUUAUACACACCACUGUGAAAUUUAUUUCACUGUGUAAAUAGUGGUAUUUUCCUGUUCAAAUGCUUCUAUAGAAAGUAUUUAUUUUAACAAACAAAAAAAAUUAAUGUCAAAAGGGCUUUCCAAAAAAGUGUUCUUUCUAGAGAACCCAUCCUCCCCAGCUACGAUGCUCGGCCACUGAACCCCCAAACAACAUAGUGAAGGCAGAAGGGUGAGCCUUGAAGCCCUCACUGUAUUGAGGCAGAUGCAACUGGAUUGGGAACCUGAGCACAAUCCCCACUGUCACCCCAUCCCAGAACAAAGGGGGUCUCCCACAGUCGGUGUGGCUGCACCAGGCAUGGCAUCGGGGCUUGCCUCCAGCAGCCCACUUUUUGCAUAUACAGUUGGUACAUUCAGCUGUAGAUUUCAACAUCCUGUGCAGGGAGAUGAGCCUUAGUUGUAACCCCAAGGAAAUACAAACCUAUACCUGUGGGAUAUGGAGAAACCACUGGUUGCCUAAAGAAAGCAUUAAGAUGUAUUUUAGUCUUUCUCACCUUCGUGAAAGACCUGUUCCCACUCUCGUUAACCACGGGAGAUAAGCACGUUUCCUUCCGCACCUUGACUGAGUACUGAGCGCCUCAGCUCGCUGCCUCCUCCCUCUCUCAGCGUCUGUGCAGAUGUGGGCCAGCCCACCUAUACUGAUGGUACACAGUGAGGCCAUCUGCUCUAAGAUGUGUGCAGCUUUACUUCUCAGGAGUCCUGGUCUGCAAUUCAGCACCCAUAAAUGUAAUGGAACUGAUGCUUUCCCAUCAUGUUCCUCUUCCCUGUGCCCCAUUCCUGGGCACCCCUGUCUGAGUCACGAUUCUCAUUCUGCCCGGCUGGCUGGACUGAGAACUGCAGCUCCAGGACUGCGGUGAGCUUGGGACGACACACAGGGAUUUGUGUCAUCCAUUUGAACCAUAAUUAGCAUAUUUACUUAUGGCCUCCCUUUGUCUUUUCUAAACAAGUGAGGAAGACACUUGAACAGUAAUGCUGGAGAAUGUUUUUUUUCAGAUGCUAUUUGUAAGCAAAUCUGAUUUUAAGAGGAAAUGUGAAAGGGUAACUAGGUGCCAGGGAAUUUAGCACUGAACUAGACAGUCAAAACUUUUUUAACCUUUGCAGGAAGAAAUAAACUUUGCUCUCAUCUAAAUGUUCACGAGAAAUAAUGUUGUAAAUAGUUUUUAAAAAAUAUUUAUUACAUGUGCUGUGUACAGAUUCAUGUUCUGAGUGAUGUUGGUUUGCAUUGUAGUAUUGUAGAAGAAUAUAUUUUGAGCAGUGGACUUCCUUUCAUAACACAGUUCACACAUGGAGAAAGAACAAAAACCAGCAGGUUGAGAGCUGUUUGGGGCAUUUGAUCUGUAAUGUUACACCAAAUCCAAGUUUUAGUCGUUCCCUCUUCUCAUCUGGUUAUGUUAUAUAUUAUAUAUCUAUACACACACACAUAUGUAUGAUAAACUGGUCAGUGGUCAGCCCCCAGACCUGCAGAGCAGAUUUCCAGGUUUUCUUUCUGAUGUGUUGCCUGUAAGCAAUAAGAUUCUAGGUAAUAGCAUUUAUUCCGGGCUCUGCGUUAGCCCUUGUCUCAGAGGAUAGGGUGGGGGUAGAACAGCUCUUGCUAAGACCUCUUGCCUUUGCUGGAGAGGCUGCUGUACUUGAAUUUUUGCUUCUGUUUGUCUGCACGCUCCUUCACAUCAUACAACACUAGCAAUGGAUGAGAAAUCUGCCAGCACCAGACACAUCAAAAAUUGGGCAUAGAGACUGAAAAAUUACCAAUUUUCCAUGAAUUUGUAGGGUUUACAGAAUCUAGCUGAGGCAAAACUCAUUUGGCUAUAGCAUAAGUGUAAGAACCUUUCACAUUAAAAAUGUAAAUGGCCCAUAAAAAGUCCUUUGACUGUAUCUGAGCUACAUUUAAGAGCUAGCCCAUUUCCUGUACUCCUCCUCUGUGCCUGAGUUUGAAAUAUCUGAAGCCCCCUCCGUGUCUGGGGUUAAAUCAUUUAGGUUCGUGCAAAGAGGGCAGUUGCCUCUCCAAGCGUCCCAGCGUGUUCAGUCCAACAGAUUUCUAAGCUGUUUAGCAGCCUCUCCUUGUGACCGUCCUGAACUUUAUGAAAAAUACCCCACACCCAGAUAACCAUUAAUAGAAUAAUGUAGUUUUUUAGGCUUUUGGAAUAUGUCUUCUCUUUUGUAUUUAUGAUGGUGUUUGGAAUUUUUCACUAGUGUUUUUUUAGAUUGAAGUGGGUGCAUUAGGAUAAAACUUUCCGUUGCUGAGCCUGAAGCAAGCAAGAGGAAAGAAGCGGACCUAUGUUGUGUCUUUGGGAAGGUGACUACUUCUUGUGGUGGGGGGAGGGCGGGGGGGGGGGGCGUUAUAGAUUACGUGGGGUAAAAUAGAAUUCCUCCCUGAGGCUCCCGGAGUCUUAUGGCCUUGUAAUAAAUAAUCCCUUUAUUAGCCUCACUUAAUCUCAAUAGAAGCCUGCUGUUUACCCUCAGGGAACAAGUAGUUUUCAAAAUUGAGCUCCUCCCAGGUCAUUGGCCAGUGCCUGUGUGCAGGCAUUGGUCAUCUUUGUGAACUCAUGGCAUUAUUUUCCCGUAUGUAUUAUGAUAUUAAGAAAUUCAACCCCAACCUGUAUGAAAAGCACAGCCCAGGGUCCUACUUUUAGGCUAGAGUUAACGCCUUUGAGAGGCCAGGGGGUCAUAGGAGGCCCAUGCAAUUUAACUGAAGCUCAGGUGCCGUGUUGGGUUUUUAUUGGUUUUAGGCCACAGCCUUCAGAAUGAAUUUAGGGCAGGGCUGCUGAUCCGGCUGUGGAUCCAGGGAGCUCUAAGAUGAAUCUCUACCGUUCCUUUAAAGGUCUUUCUGGUUCUUCCCAGUGUUGUCAUUGCCGAGGUCAUUCUCGUAGUUGUUCAGAUGUGCUCCUUUUUGCUGUCUUGUGAGUCUUAGCCAGAGAUCCAGAUGCCCAAGGACAGAGUCUCCAGAGGGCCUAGCUCCUUCCUGGUACCAAGUGUGUGAUCCUGACCUGUGUGAAGGCGGUCUUGUCAAAAGUAGUGAAAUGAGAAUUUCUGCAAACGGUAAUCCGGAUGAUCAGCAUGUAUCCCUUGGGCCUGGACUUCCACUAUGUUAGUGAGUGUAGGAAAAUACUGUGUCUUUUAUGGAAGAAAAUUCAAUGUAUGCUGUGAAUUUGUUGGUUUGAAACAUUGAAAAUUUUUCAUUAGACAAUGUUUACAUACCUCACCUGAAGAACCUUUGAGAGUGUAUAUAUGAAAUUUAAAAUAUAUUAAGUUGCUUUAAAACAAUAUGUAUAGCUAUAAAAGUUGGAGUUAUUUUAACUUUGAAUAUGUACCAAGUCUCUUAAUUAUUGAAAUCUUGUGGACUUUUUGUGCUUCUGUGUUUUACUUUCCUAUUAGACCUUGUAGGAAACUGUGUUCUUGUUAUUGGUAAAGGGGCCCUCACUGAAAUCCAAGCUUGGAAGGAUUUCCUUUGUUGUUUCAGAUUUUCUAGUUUGGUUUUGAGGGAUGGGUUACGGAGCUAGAGGAUGUGUGGGCGGGAUUUCUCUAACGUUGACAUCUAUUCCAUGAGCUUUUCCUAGGCGCUUAUUUUAUU